AUGCCCUCCUCUGCGGUUUUUCCUGUCGCCCUUCAGAACAAAUUGAGGUCCACCAGCAGGUCCACCUCGAUCAUCUUUUCCUCUGCAAGCCUCAACCUAGUUCGCAAUCUUGUCUUCUUUCUCUUUAUUCUUCGCUUAGUCCGCAGAUCCUUCUACACCGUCCGCGGCCAUGGCCUCAUUGGCACCGUUUACAAUGCCUGCUCCUAUAUGCGCCUCAUAUUCUACUCUCUCUACCUCCGCACUCCCGGCGUCCGCAGAAAGGUAGACAAACAAGUGUCAACCGCCCUAACAAAGUUGGAAGCCAAGCUCGUUCCGCAGACCCCUGGCAUCCUUAAAAACCCUAGCCUGCCUAAACAGGGCUGGAGUCAUGGUCACAUUCGCGCGGAACUAGAUAAACUUGCUGGUAUGGAGCAUACCAAGUGGGAGGAGGGAAGAGUGAGCGGUGCUGUUUACCAUGGCGGGGAGGAUUUGAUUGGACUGCAGACGACUGCUUUCCACCGGUUUGCCGUUUCUAAUCCAAUCCAUCCUGAUGUCUUUCCUGGUGUGAGGAAAAUGGAGGCGGAGGUGGUGGCUAUGGUGCUUGGACUGUUCAAUGCGCCGGAAGGCGCUGCAGGUGUGACGACUGGUGGAGGCACUGAGUCGAUUCUCAUGGCCUGUUUGUCUGCGAGACAGAAAGCUUACGUCGAGCGACGAGUUACGGAGCCAGAGAUGAUCAUUCCCUACACGGCUCAUGCGGCUUUCAACAAAGCGAGCCAUUAUUUUGGAAUCAAGCUUCACAUGGUCCCUUGUUCCGCUCCCGACUACAAAGUCGACAUUCGCGCAGUCCGCCGCCUCAUCAACCCAAACACAAUCCUCCUCGUUGGCUCGGCGCCAAACUUCCCGCAUGGCAUAGUCGAUGACAUCCCAGCCCUCUCCCGCCUCGCCCUCAAGCACAAAAUCCCUCUUCACGUCGACUGCUGCCUGGGCUCCUUUGUCAUCGCCUUCCUUAAACGCGCCGGCUACCCCUCCCCUUACGAGGAACAAGGCGGCUUCGACUUCCGCCUUCCAGGCGUCACUAGCAUCAGCGCUGACACGCACAAAUACGGCUUCGCCUCCAAGGGCAGCUCCGUCGUCCUCUAUCGCAACCGCGCCCUGCGCAGCUACCAAUACUUCAUCCUCCCCACCUGGUCUGGCGGCGUCUAUGCCUCGCCUUCCAUGGCUGGCUCGCGGCCCGGCGCCCUCAUCGCCGCCUGCUGGGUCAGCCUCAUGGCCUUGGGCGAAUCCGGGUACAUCGACUGCUGCCACCAGAUCAUGGCUGCGGCCCGCACGUUCGAACAGGCAAUCCGCGAACAUCCAGCCCUCUCCACCGCGCUCGCCGUCAUAGGCAAGCCCAGUGUCAGCGUCGUCGCGUGGCAAUCUGCGACGCCGGAAAUCGACAUCUACGACAUUGCCGACGCGCUAUCGGCUAAAGGCUGGCAUCUCAAUGCGCUCCAAACCCCGCCCGCGAUCCAUGUGGCGUUCACAGUGCCCACGGCGGCGGCUGUGGAGAAGCUUAUUGCGGAUCUUGUCGCUGUUGUUGAGCAGGAAAAAGCGAAGGUGGCGGAGCGGAAGAAGCUGGGGCUGAAGGUUGAGAAGGAGAGGGGUGAUGCGUCGGCACUGUAUGGGGUUGCGGGCAGUAUUCCGGACAAGAGCAUUGUGAGUAGGCUUGCGGAGGGGUUUUUGGAUACGUUGUAUCUUGCUUGA